GAGCAGCCCGGCAAUCCGGAUCAAGGAGGAGCCUCCCAGCCCCACGCGGAGCCCGCAGGUGGAGGAGCCCAAGAGCUCCGGGAAUUCCGGGAAUUCCGGGAAUUCCGAGACCCCCCUGUCCCCCUCCACCUUCAUCGACUCCAUCCUGCGGGAAAACGACUCCGGAGCCGCUCCCGGGAAUCCCCAAUCCCAGGAAAAGUGCCUGAGCGUCGCCUGCCUCGACAAGUCGGAGCUGAACGAGCACCUGGACACCAUCGACUCCAGCCUGGACAAUCUGCAGGCGCUGCUCAGCACCCACGGCUUCAGCAUGGACAGCGCCCUGCUCGACAUCCAGGAUCUCCUCUCGAACCAGGAGCAGCAGAAACCGACGGAGACCGAGCCCGGCGCGGGUGACUCCGGGAAGCAGCUCGUGCCCUGCACGGUCCAGCCGCUGUUCCUGGUGGAUUCCAGCGCCGUGGACGUCGGAUCCGGGGAUCUGCCCAUUUUUUUCGAGCUGGGCGAGGGGCCCCCGUGCUUCCCGGACGGGGACGAGUAUCCCGAGGAGUAUCCCGAGGAGUACCCGGAGGAGUAUCCCGAGGAGUAUCCCGAGGAGUAUCCCGAGGAUCCCGCGCUGCUGCCGCCAACGCCCAAGGACCCGGCCGUCUCCUAAAGCCGGAGAUCAGGGCCGGGGACAGGAUCCCAAAAACAAAACGGGAUCCCCAAAAAAACAAAACGGGAUCCCAAAAAAAAAAAAAACAAAAAGGGAAGGGAGCCCCGAGUGACUCGUCCUGCUUGGCACAGAACCCCGGAGCCGCCAACGCCGCCCUCGGGGGGAUUCCGGGAAAUCCCGGAGGAUUCCAGGGAAUCCUGGAGCAUCCUGGAGAACUCUGGGAAAUCCCGGAGGAUCCUGGAGCAUCCCGGGGAAUCCU